CUUGUCAACACGUAACAGCUGAGUCCUCUUUGGAUGUUAUACAGAUUAGCUCUUUUGGCUAGCAGUACAUUCACUCAAAGACGCACUCAUUUAAACUCCCAGCUCAGCUUCAUUCACAGGCCUGCUCAGUUAUGAACAUGACGCCGUUUUUAGCGAGUUUUAUUUAUUUGGCAUUGUUAUGCAGUUGGAUAAGAUGUGAUAAUGACACAGAAGAGGACGAGCACGCUAAACACACAUACACGGUGGAGAUGUUCAAUGAUGCCGUCUCUACUGCUCCACACUUCGUCAUGUUCUACGCGCCCUGGUGUGGUCACUGUCAGAGGCUGCAGGGAACGUGGAAUGAGUUGGCAGAGAAGUAUAACAGUAUGGAGGAUCCUCCAGUGUAUGUUGUGAAAGUCGACUGCACAAAAGACACUAAGUUUUGCUCCAGUGAACAUGGAAUCCGUGGAUACCCAACCCUAAAGCUGUUUAAACCUGAGCAGGAGGCUGUGAAGUAUCAGGGUCCAAGAGACCUGCAGGCCCUGGAGAGCUGGAUGCUGAAAACCGUGCAGGAGGAACCUGAAGAGCCCCAGAGUGAACCCGAGCCACCCAAAGUCCCUGAACCCAAACAGGGCCUGUAUGAACUCACAGCCAAUAACUUCAAAGCACACAUCGCUAAAGGUUCUCACUUUGUGAAGUUUUAUGCACCAUGGUGUGGGCACUGCAAAGCCAUGGCUCCAACAUGGGAACAGCUCGCCACCAGCUUUGAGCAUUCAGACAGUGUCAAGAUCGGCAAGGUGGAUUGCACACAGCAUUAUGAAGUGUGCUCAGAAAAUCAGGUCCGUGGUUAUCCCACGCUGCUCUUCUUCAGUGAUGGAGAGAAGGUCGAUCAGUACAGAGGGAAGCGCGAUCUGGACUCGUUUAAAGAGUUUGUGGAUAAUCAAGUGAAAGCUGCUGAAUCUAAAGAUGAACCUGUGAUUAAGGAGGAGCAGGGUAAAGAAAUCCCUCCCAGCGCUGCACCUGAAGAACAAGAGUCUAAUGUUCUGGUCUUGACUGAGAGCAACUUUGAUGAGACAGUUGCCAAAGGACUCUCCUUCAUCAAGUUCUAUGCCCCAUGGUGCGGUCACUGCAAGAACCUGGCCCCUACCUGGGAGGAUCUAUCUAAAAAGGAGUUUCCUGGUCUGUCUGAUGUGAAGAUUGCUAAAGUGGACUGUACAGUGGAGAGAACACUCUGCAACAGAUUCUCUGUGCGUGGAUACCCAACACUCCUGAUGUUUCGGGCUGGGGAACAGGGUGAGGAGCAUAAUGGAGGGCGGGACUUAGAGAGCUUGCACAGUUUUGUCAUGAAGCAAGCAAGAGAUGAGCUGUAACAACUCCCUCAAUGUAUCUCCCACGCUUCAUCUACAAAACAACACUAUCGUCAUUUAUUAUACUGUCAGAAGGACUGUUUUUACUUCAUUUCGGUCCCACACCUGCUGAAGUGAGGACAAUCUCUUCCACAUGGUAAAAUGUGAAUGUACAUGAUUCAAUCUCGAGCAGUCGAUGAGUUUAUUAGCAAAAUGCAACCAUACACGUUUGAUUGUGCCCUUCCUCCUUGAAAGAAACAGUUGUGGGUAUGAAAAAGACACCUCUUCAGAUCAUUACAUCGUUUAAGGUGCAUAUUUUGUACAUUUGAGGAAAUUAAUUUAGCUUCCUUCGUUAUGAUUAUCAACUAAGACUGAAAAUGACCUCAGGGAGACCAUCUAAAGAUGGUCUUCUCAAUUCAAUGUUAAAUAAAUACUGUAUGAUGCACACUUAGAAAAGAGCACUUUCAGUUGGAAUUUUAAAUGCAUUUCUGUUGUGAUAUUAGGUUCGAAUUGGUUUUACUGUUCAGAGGUUAAAAUAAAAUAAAGGUAGUUUGUUAAUCAGGGUGGGAGACCAGUUUAAAUUGGCCAAGAUCAAGCUGGUUUGGAUGGUUGACCAUAAUCAUCAAACCUGCCCAGUCUAACCAGCUUAAUGGUCAGCAAUGUUUAAGCAAAAGGUGGACGUUUGCAUAACUACUUUGAAUGGUUAGUUUUGUCUUCUAAAGCUUCUUAGUGCUCUUACAGGCAUAUGAGUGAGGCAGAUACAUUUUUAGACAUACUGCCAUUUAUAUUAAGCAUUUUGGGUAAUUUUCUCAAGGAUCAGAACAUUGAAUCCAUGCAGAAUAGUUAAUAUUUGUUGUAUAGUGACAAAUUCUGAAAAAAAGAACGGUUUAUUUUGUAUUACAGUACAGGUUGUAAACAUUAAAAGCAGUUACAGUACAGUAAUAUUUGUUUUUCUUGAAGUUUGUUCUGCAGAUGUGGCUCUUGCUCAUCAUUUUUGAUUGGAUUUGGGGUUUUUUUUAGAGCGUUUGAGUCUCAUUUUUGUCUCUGUAAUGCAGUCUUGAUGGCUUUCACAUGCAGUCAACCACUUCAUUCAGACACUAGUGUUGCCUGGUAUCAAUGCUUGAAGAAUGUUGAUAGUACUUCUAUGUGUUCUCUGACGCUCUCAAGUGGUUUCAUUGAUUUAUACGAAUGUAAUUUACAUUUUUCCUUUUAAAUGUUCCCACACUGAAAUGUUUAUUUUUCUCUUUUACUGGAUCUGAAAGAGAAGGAAGGGAAAAGCAAUCAGAGAAACCACAUAUAUUCAGUCUUUAUGGGAGGCACAUGGUCAAGGCCGACCUCGAUGAAAAACGCAGUAUUUUUGUCGUUUGUGAGAGAGGUACACACAUUGCCUGGGGGUUUUGUACAAAAAAAGGCACAUUGACAAAUUUCAUAAUAAAAUGUCUUUUUCCAAAAA